UUCCUUUUCUCACUUCCUCCCAACUUCAGCCGAUAGAAAUCAAUUCGCUAUUUCCCCACAUUCAUCUUAUAUCCCCAGAUUCAUCUUAUUUGUUUUUUUGUUUGUUUGUUCAUUGCGGCUCGCUAUAGAGAAGAGAUCUAAAGUCUGGGACCUGGGAGACUAGCGAUCAAACUCGACGAAGUUGAGGGGCAAGUGGUGAGGGCACUGAGACAUGUACCGCGUAUAAUCUAAUAAAAGUCGCGUAUGAUCUAAUAAAAGUCGCGGCGGAAUCCAUUGCGAUCUUGCGCAUCGUCAAAGAAGGGUGUUUUCAGCUCCUAUGCUUAUGCGCAUUCCCCGUAAUCUAUGUCCGCCUACUCCACCAGAACCAUAGACGACAGGGGAGAAGGGGCGUCUUAGUCAAAUACCUCGCAUUGGCUGGUCCCGAACGGAUAUGUACGUACGGGCUCGUGGCUCAGCCUGUGAUUGAAGGAGCUUCGGCAGUCCCGCCUUCAUAACUGCAGGUGACUCCUUGGCCUGCAAGCUGUCAUAGCCCUCAAUCGCCAAAGGCUAGAUUUACUGUACUGGCUUUCCCGUACUUGUUAAUGUCGAGAGGUCAGGUAAAGCUGCUUUUUUCCCUAUAUUUCUGCAAAAAUAGCUUGGGUAGGAACCUUAUUCCUCGUUGCAAGUUCCAUCUCCGCGCGUUAGAAUCCUCACUAUGCCCAAAUUCCUCGCAAGUCUCAGCACAACCGUGGCCGCCAGUACCCAUCUUCACCAAUUUCUGCGCAUUUCCAAAUUCUCACGGACAUUGGUUCUGCACCUUGUCGGAAAAUGAAAAGCCGGUUUCAGAGGAAAGUAUUCAACCAGCUCGCGAGGAAGAAAGAAUACCCGGGUCCGAAACUCAAAUUGUUUGUGGGCAGGAAGAUGAAUUUUCCAAUAGGGAUCCGCUACGGUUAUAUAAAGAGCUUAAGGACACCAUACACUGCCAAAAGAAAUCUGGUGCACAUUCGGAUGCUUUGGAUGAGAUUUUGAGCUUUUUUACAAAGUCCAGUUGGGCUACAAACCAGGCCCUUGCCAUUUAUAUCAGUGGCUCAUUUUUUCCAUUAGCAGCCCGUAAGUUCGGUGUCUUUUUUGUGAAGAGGUCCAGCGACAAUCUGGUUAAGUACUUGGUGUCUCUGGGUCCCGGAGACAAGUCUGACAGAUUUCUGCUCCCGAUUUUCAUAGAGUUUUGCCUGGACGAAUUUCCGGAUGAGAUCAGCAAGUUCCGGAAGAUGGUGGACUCAGCCGACAUGACUCGACCCCACACUUGGUUCCCUUUCGCCAGAGCCAUGAAACGUAAGAUCAUUUAUCACUGUGGCCCCACCAACAGUGGGAAGACGUACAAUGCGCUGCAGAGAUUUAUGGAGGCUAAGAAAGGCGUUUACUGUAGCCCUCUUAGGUUGUUAGCCAUGGAGGUUUUCGACAAGGUGAAUGGUUUGGGAGUUUACUGUAGCCUUCUGACUGGCCAGGAGAAGAAGGACUUCCCGUUCUCGAACCAUGUUGCUUGCACAGUUGAGAUGGUCUCGACCGAUGAAUUGUAUGAUGUUGCAGUUAUUGAUGAAAUCCAGAUGAUGGCUGAUUCUUGUCGGGGCUAUGCGUGGACGCGGGCCUUGCUCGGGCUUAAAGCCGAUGAGAUCCAUUUGUGUGGAGACCCAAGUGUUCUGAAUGUGGUGAGGCGAAUUUGUUCAGACACUGGGGAUGAACUUGUUGAACAGCACUAUGAGAGAUUCAAACCACUUGUGGUUGAGGCAAAAACUCUGUUGGGGGACUUGAAGAAUGUGAAAUCGGGAGAUUGUAUUGUUGCUUUCUCGAGGAGGGAAAUAUUUGAGGUUAAAUUGGCGAUCGAGAAAUACACAAACCACCGUUGUUGUGUCAUAUAUGGGGCCCUGCCACCAGAGACCCGUCGACGGCAGGCUUCCCUUUUUAACAAUCAUGGUAAUGAGUUUGAUGUAUUGGUUGCGAGCGAUGCUGUGGGUAUGGGUUUGAAUUUGAACAUCCGUAGAAUCGUAUUCUAUAGCUUGUCAAAGUAUAAUGGUGAUAAAAUGGUGUGCGUGCCGGCUUCUCAAGUCAAACAGAUUGCCGGAAGGGCAGGCCGUAGGGGGAGCCGAUAUCCAGAUGGGUUAGCCACAACCUUGCAACUUGAUGAUUUGGGCUAUUUAAUCGAGUGCCUAAAACAGCCCUUUGAAGACGUCAACAAAGUGGGGCUCUUCCCAUUUUAUGAGCAGGUUGAGCUAUUCGCAGGCCAACUCUCGGAUAUGAAAUUCUCCAAGCUUCUUGAGAAUUUCUCCGAGAAUUGCCGGCUAGAUGGGUCCUACUUCCUCUGCCAGCACAUGCACAUAAGGAAAAUAGCUAAUAUGUUGGAUAAAAUUCAAGGGUUGUCUUUAGAAGACCGUUUUAACUUUUGCUUUGCACCGGUCAAUAUUCGGGACCCCAAAGCGGUGUACCAUCUCCUGAGGUUUGCAUCCUCGUAUGCUCAAAAGCUUCCCGUAAAUAUAGCCAUGGGUAUGCCCAAGUGUGCAGCCCGCAAUGACUCGGAGCUUCUGGAUCUCGAGACCAGGCACCAGGUGCUUGCUAUGUAUUUGUGGCUGUCUAAUCACUUUGAGAAGGAAAGGUUUCCUUUUGUCCACAAGGCCGAGACUAUGGCUACUGAUAUUGCGGAGCUACUGGCUGAGUCGCUUUUGAGGGCAAAUUGGAAGCCAGAAUCAAGAGGUGGACUGAAACCCAAGACGCAAGAGAACGAGAAAAAUGGUGGUUAUCAGAGAAAUGCAAUGCAAAAGUAUCUGAGGAAUGAUAUUGCAGAUGAUCUUAAAAAUGGAGUGGAUAUUGACGCCUAUGGCAGGAAGGAAUUCAACGAGAAAGCCGAACAAGGGCAGAGAAUCUUGAGGUUCUUGGACGAUGAUGGCCGAAGAAAGCACAAGGAUGAAGAAGAGAAGACGAUGGACAGGCUUUUGCGGCGCUAUAGCAAGAAAAACGGAUCAUCCUUAGUAGCAGAUGAGAAGGGCAAAUCUGUAAAACUGCACAGGACAAACAGGGUGGGGUCGCUUGUGUGUUGAUUGGUGCUUGUGUGUGAAGUGAAGGGAAAUAUAUGGCUUCUUCAUGACAUUUGUUAUUAUGUUCGUCACUUGUUAUUUAACUUCUAUGUGAAACAAUUUUUCCCCUUGCUGAAUGCAGUAUUUGUUCUGCGCAUGUCUUUCGUCCGAGUUGAUAUAUCUGUUUCUUUUUUUUUUUUAAUUAACUUUCCUUGUUAUUCACUGUAUAAGAGACCAUGGUGAUGAAACACUUCAAACCUGUGCCC